ACUAAUGUAUUUCACACCUUUUUUCAUUUAGCCAACUAUCCCAAUUAAUUAUUUCUUUCAAAUAAUUAAUAUAUUAACAAUAUGUAGACAAAGUUUACCAUCUUUCUUAUACAAAUAACCCCUUUCUCGUCCAGCUGGUCUUGUUCAGUUUUUUAUUACUCUGCCAUUAUAACUCCCUCUCACACUCGCACAGAUAGAAAAUUAUGGCCAAAAAGUGCUCUCUUUUGUUGCUAGCAUUUGUUCUCUAUCUGAUUCACUGCCAAUCAACAAUUGCUCAAUUGCAAAAUAAGAUCAGUGCCAUUGAUCUUGAUGCAUUGCACCAAAUCAAGAACACUCUCAUCGACAUUCAUGCAGUCUCUUCUCCACACUUCUUCUCAAGCUGGGACUUUGCCUCGGGUGACCCUUGCUCGUCCUUCGCUGGAGUCACCUGUUCAUCUUCCGAACAACCAAGACGAGUCGAGUCACUUGUCCUAGGGACUGGCCUGUCUGGUUCACCAGGAUUUGCUGGAACAUUGUCUCCCUUUAUUGCCAACCUCACCGAGUUAAGCCAGCUCGUUCUGUUUGCCGGCAUUGUUACGGGGAGUAUUCCUUCCGAACUUGGAUCCCUAAAGAAGCUAAGAGUCAUCUCUCUCACUAAUAAUCUCUUAACCGGCACAAUCCCGGCAUCCAUUUUCUCUCUGCCGGAUCUUCACACCCUGGACCUCGGCCACAACCAGCUCUCAGGAACAAUGCCGCCCACCAUAUCCGCCUCAAUUCAGUUGAAGGUUCUGGUGCUGGCCGACAACAAAAUUUCUGGACAGCUGCCCCGUGGCUUUCCGGAGAAACUCCUGCACUUGGAUUUCAGUCAGAAUAAUAUCUCCGGCAUGCUGCCGGCAAGGAUGUCGGCAUCACUUCGCUACCUGUCGGCAUCUCAGAACCGCAUGUGGGGCCCCCUCAACUGCCUGGAAUCGACCUUAGAACUAGAAUACCUGGACUUGAGCAUGAACAACUUCAGUGGGGGCCUCCCCACCUCCCUCUUCCAGCCCAAGCUCACUUCAAUGCUGCUCCAACGAAACAAUUUAUCAGGUGGGUUCCCACCAUUGGCGCCAUACCCCUAUGGACCAGGUUCCAUUAUUGAUCUUAGUCACAACUUUUUGACAGGUGAAUUAACUCGGGUUCUAGUAGGAGUUGAGUCUCUCUUUCUGAACAAUAAUCAGUUAAAAGGAACAGUGCCCAAGGAAUACUUUGGGAGUUUGAGCUUAGGCAAAACAAAAACGCUGUACUUGCAACAUAACUACAUAACUGGAUUUCCAACUGCGGCAGAGUCAUCAUGGCCGCCUUGGGACUUGAUUGCAGUGUGCUUAUCUUAUAACUGUAUGGAGGUACCUGUAGUAGUGGGGAUAAUGGCGUGCCCGAGCGGCAUAGGAGAGCAGAUUUCGCGGCCUGCUAACCAGUGCUCUGCAUUUCAUAUUAGGAACACUACCUCAAAGGAGAAAGAGGACUAAAUCAAUAGUUGAUUAUUUUCAAUGAAAACUACUUAUUUUUAAACUACUUGUUUAAGAUUACAGUGUAAAGAUAGGUCUAGCAAUCGAGUGUUAUAUAGUGUAAUCUGGUUCUGUUCAAAGGACUUCUGCCAUAUAUUUUAUAAUGAUAAUUCUGCAGAUAUUUCACAACACCAGACUUUCAAUUUUGAGAAAAUUAUAG